AUGAAGAUUCCCACUUCUAUAACUUUUGUUAUCAUCCUGGCCUUUGUCCAAGCUGCUCCAUUGGCCCCCAAAGAACCCCGCUUGGAAGCACGAGCUUCCAUUAACGACUGCGGAUCCUCAACCUUCAUCAAUCAAAGCAGUGGUGGUUCUCCCCUCGUAGCUGACUGCCAGGUACUUGUCAAAAACAUUGCUGGCGGUGGUACCUGGACAGUCCCUGCCGUGGGCAGGCAGCAUCAGCUGGCUCAGUAUGGCACCUGUGCUUUUGGUAUUCAAGGCGGCCAGGUCUUGAAUAUCGCCUAUGUUGGCAAUCAGGACAUUAUUUACGUCAUCAACUCUUCUAUCGCCAAGUUCAAGUGGAAAGGAAAAAUUGGUGCGAAGGGUACAAUGUCUUGUCAGACCCCGACUAAAGCGACGGGCAACACCCCGAUGACUUGGGCAAUUUAUCACACCUAA